CUCUGCGCAGGAGAUGAAGCACAUGGAGAACAUUUCCAGCCUGUUCCAGGGCGAUUCCCAGCGCCUGGAUCCCAGAGCGGAGCAGGGGGAGCAGCCCUGGGAGAUGAUCAUGGACAAGAAGCACUUUAAGCUCUGGCGGCGGCCGAUCGAGGGCACCCACUUGUACCAGUACCGAGUGUUCGGCUCCUACACGGACGUGACUCCCCGGCAGUUCUUCAACGUGCAGCUGGACACCGAGUACAGGAAGAAAUGGGACUCGCUGGUCAUCAAACUGGACGUGAUCGAGAGGGACUUGGCCACUGGCUCCGAAGUGAUCCACUGGGUCACCCACUUCCCGUAUCCCAUGUAUUCCCGGGAUUACGUGUACGUGCGGCGGUACAGCGUGGACCAGGAGAACAACCUGAUGGUGCUGGUCUCACGGGCUGUGGAGCAUCCGAGUGUCCCGGAAGAUCCCGAGUAUGUUCGGGUCAGGACUUACGAAUCCCAGAUGGUGAUCCGGCCCCACAAAACCUUCGAUGAG